UAAAAAAAAAGUUCUUCAAGGUUGUUUUUAUUGAAUAUAUAAUAUGGUAGGUACUUGUACUCAGUGAAUAAGUUUUGACAAUUUAUUCGUUCGAAACCGCUACUAAGAUGAAGACAUCAAAUGUUUGUGUUCUCGUAAUAUCGGCUUUAGUGGUCCAGGUUUCUUCUGAGGAGGUUACUGAGCUCGAUAAAAUGGCAGUCAAUUUGUUCCAUUCUUUAGUCGAUAUUAUUGAAAUACCAUAUAGAAAAAUUGAAAACAUUGUAAAUCCAACAGAAGCUGGUUUGAAAAAAGAACCAUUUUUAGAGGAUCUUACAAUUAAACUUAAACGGAAGAAAGAAGAAAUUGAAAAGACUUACAUGGAAUCACUAACACCGGACAUUAGAGAAUUGGAAAAGAAGAGAUUAAGCGAAUAUGUCAAUACUUCUCAAAAAAUAGUUAAAUCAAUUCAAGAUACUAAGAAAAUGGCCAGGAGUAUGAUUAAUGCAUAUUUCACCAACCUACCAAAAAAUGUACAGAGCAAAUUAAUUGGGUUGGGACAAGACCUAAAUAAUAUUUUACACAAAUUAAAGGAAUUGUCCAAAAAUGGUUCUUCAGAAGCAAAAAAUAAAUAACUCCACGUAAUCAAAAGUAUUUAUUAAAACCAGCGGAUUAUGGCGUCAAUAUUAUAGAAUCAUUUUAUAUCCUAUGACAAAUGAUAAGUAGUGAUUCAUAUUUGUGUCAUUGUUUUAUUUAUUACAAUUAUUUAUCUACCAACCUGUAUUUUAAUCUAAUAUUCUUCAUUAUUAAACAAAAAAACUAAUAUUAUAUGUAUGUAUAUUGUUAAUAUAUGUUUAUAAGUUAAUAAAUAAUAACUAAUAUACCUAACCUAA